AUGGACUUCGCCGUCGGAGCCACCAAAGCCCUCAUUCGCGCCCUCGUCAGGGAGUUAUUUGAGGAGAUGGCGAGAGAGGGGAAGCAGCAGCAGCAGCAGCAGCAGAAGCAGCAGCAGCAGCAGCAGCAGCAGCAGCGGCGGCUGCAGCCCGCUGCGCGAAAGCUGGGGGACGCCCGCGGGAGGCCCCCUGCUGCUGCAGCAGCAGCAGCAGCAACAGCAGCAGCAGCAGCAGCAGCAGCUUUGCUGCCUUCUGCUGAAAGUGCUCUCUUAAUUGUCCAUUUGGAAGUUUCGCGAAGUGGCACUUCUUUGUUUCCUCAAAAGUAA